GAAAAAUCUAAAUCUUAUGUGCUUGAGAGUUAAAGUGGCUGUGCCUUUAAAUUCAUUCAGUUCUCUGAGGGAAGAGAGGAAGUGAAAAAUGGUGAAAGGAAGAGCUCCUUGCUGUGAUAAGAACGAGGUGAAGAAAGGGCCAUGGAGUGCUGUUGAAGACUUGAUGCUCACCAGUUUCAUUCAGAAACAUGGUCAUCAGAAUUGGAGGGCUCUCCCUAGACAAGCUGGGCUACUAAGAUGCGGAAAAAGUUGCCGGCUUAGAUGGAUUAAUUACCUGAGGCCUGAUGUGAAAAGAGGUAACUUCACCAGGGAAGAAGAAGACACCAUUAUAAGGCUGCAUGAAAUCUUGGGAAACAAGUGGUCUAAGAUUGCGUCACACCUGCCAGGAAGAACAGAUAAUGAGAUAAAAAAUAUGUGGAACACUCAUUUGAAGAAAAGGUUGGCUGCUCGCAAGAUUGCUACUGCUAAAGCAGAAGAAUACAAGGAAUCCUCUUGGGCCGCAUCAUCAUCUUCUUCCUCUAGCACAUUGGUGUCAUCAUCCACCGGCCUAAUAAAUCCGGCACUGGCGGGACUUGAGGAGGAGCAGCCAUGGGAUGAAGGAUCAUCUGUGGCUAAAAUACCGCAGUGGCCAGGAACACAGGGUGUCAACACAGAGGAACAAACAAGGCCGGUUGAGGAGACAAAUGAGAUUUCAAGUUCUUCAAUUUCCUCCAUCUUUAACAAUUUCAGUCAGGCUUAUGUUUCGAAUCCAGAAGAGGAUGAUGAAAUUGGACUGCUGCUUGGAGUUGCAGAAGCCUUGGAUGCUCGUGGCAUUUUUGAUGAGGUGAAUCAGCCAAACAUUGCAGACCCUCCCUCUGACAUUCCACGUCAGUCUGAUUUUGAUUUUUGGAACACUUUGUAUUUGGACAACAUUGGACCAUUUCAGUCGACAAAUGGUGUUCAAUCACAAGAAGCCGAAGCUGAGACAAAGAAGUGGCUGCGUUACUUGGAGAAUGAACUUGGCCUAGAGUCAACAGUAGAAGAAAACCAGGGACAUCUGACUAAUGCAGCGGUUGAGCCAUCAAAUCCUUGACCCGAGACAUAUGUGGUGAUGCCGAAACUGGAACCGGAAAUCGUAGCUCCUGGCUUGUUAUGGCACAGUGUACUUUAGUUUAGAUGAGGUUAAGGGUAUGCUGUAAAGCCUAUUAAAGGCUAUUUUAUUUU